CAUGCCCACGUAUCAUUUCCAAACAAUGCUCAGGAAAGAAGCCACGUUGACGAUCUUAGAGUGAAGACAAGUCCGCAGUUUGUGUCAGAAUAAAGCAGAAAUUGGACCGUGAGACUGCCUGGUCCCUCCUCGCAGCAGACUUCCCGUCAGAGCAGCCAUGUCGUCCCCGCCGAAGGAGAAAGUGGAGACCAAAGGCGGACAUCUCCCUGCAGUAAAAGCAGGAGGUAUGAGGAUAGUGCAGAAACACCAGGCUGCCGCUGUCCCUGAACCACCUCAGAAAGAGGAGGGGGAGGAGGAGGAGUACAUCAGCAGCAGCCCCCCAAAGGCCCCAGUGAUUGUUUCUGGAGUGGUCACAAAGGGCGAUAAGGACUUCACCCCAGCCGCCGCUCAGGUCGCCCACCAGAAGCCCCAGCCCGGCGUUUCCAAGCUGCCUCCCGCCCAGCACUUCAACCAGCACAUCCACCAGCCCCGCAAGUGAGCGGCAGCAGCCGCGCCUGCUCUAACUCCACCAGCCAGCCUUCCCAAUGGAACACAUACGACGGAGAUGGUUCCCCACCAGUCACAGAUCUCUGCUGAAUAAUAACAGUAAUUUUUAAUUCAUUUGUUGUUGGUUUACAUGCUUUUUUUAAAAAAAGAUGUCAUUAUAGCCUUUGUAGAAGCCCAGCUGUUUCUAAUCUGCUGCGUUGGUGCUGCACUACUAGCUGUACACUUUCAUGGCCUCUCCUUUUUAUAGGAAUUGUUUGGCAGUCUCACAGUCUUAAGUUGGAAAAAGAGGGGUCCAGAACGGUUUGCUUUCAAGCUUUUUGAUAGAAGUACAGCCUCACCAUAGAUCUGAGUCUGUUGGGGAGCUUUCAGAACAAUCAUCCAAUCACAGCAACCUAUCGUGUCGACCGGUCGCCUCACAAUAAUGACUCGGUACAAGCGUCCUUACACACCGCCGCAAGCCAGAAAGACUUCAGACGGUCUUGAAAAGUGACUCUGCCACUGAGAUAAGGGAACAUCGUGACCCAGAGACAUCAAAAUCAAGAAAUCAGCCGUUAUCGUAGCUGAGUUUUAAUGCAUGCACACAGGUUACCAGUUAUAUUCCAUUACACUGUCUCCCAUUUUAACAGAAGAAAUAUCCAAAUGAUGAUCAACACUGAUAUAAACUUGAACAUUAACAAUAUCACAGAUAUAUAUACUGUAAAUACAACCUCUGUAAUGAUGGCAUGAGUUUUUCAACUAGCUGCCUAUCAAGUCUCAGAAACAUCCAGCAGAAGCUGAUGCAGCAAAACCUUCAGAUUUCUCAUAGUUUGUCCCCUUGUUACUUUCCCUGCCUUUUAUUUAAGAAGGUCUUUACUGUUUUAUGCCUCGACUUUAUCGUCAACCCUUUAUUGGCAAUAUUGACCAACUUUAAUCCAAACCCAACCUGUUUGACGGUUUCGUCUGCCAGCUGUGGCUGGCCGCGUCGAUACGAGGAUUUGUUGGCUCUUUUGACGCGCGUGGAUUUGCACUGUAUCUGCUAGAACACAAAAAGGCAGUCGCAAAUGUAAUGAAACUCAAAGGGAACCACUUUUGUGGGAAGCAUUUGCUGGAGGCUUUGUGUUUGGAUUAACAUUAGCAUGAGCAGUUCCGGAGAGGGAGAGGCAAUGAAGUGUCAGAUGAAGGUAAAAGUGUGGACGGAUUGGAAUAAUCGCACAACAUUCCUUAUGAAAGCGUUAAUCAGUGUGUAAGGUAAACGCGUGUUUGUGCUGGCACGUAACGGCAUAAACGUAAAAGUAUAUACACGUCCGCACAUUUUUAAUUGUCAUUUCCCACUCAAAAUUAUACAUAUCACUACACUUUCUGUUUUCCUUAAUCACCCACACCCUUACACUCAAGUGUCAACUGUUUGCAACAGUAAUUGUCAGGUAUCCAGGAGAAGAGGGAAAUGAUUUUACCAAGACUGAAGCACUUCCUGUGUUAUUGUAAUUAAGUUGAAGGAAGUUGUGUUUUUGAUCUUCUCUGUUGUUUUUCUUAAGUAAAUCAUUCGAAUUGUAAAAAAUCAAAGAAAUCUUUGGACAUGAAGUGGAAUUGGGUAUUAAGGUAUGGUUGUCAUACUUAAUAAAGAUGUGGAUUAUGUUGAAAUAUA